CGAAAUAAGCCUUUAACGAGUUUCCAUCUUUUUCCAUGUAAAAAACUUGCCAUUGAUCUCGUUCGCGUAUAGAAAGGGUUAGAAAUUUUCGUAGAAAUUCUUAAUUACUUCGAGUGUGUACAACCUUGAGCAAUGUGACGCAUUUAAAAUUCAAUGUUUGUUAUCGGUGGUUAUAUUUUAUCGAAAUAAGUAAGCUUUAAACGUCAUCAAAAAGUAUUGUUUUACUCUUUCGUUCGUCGUAGGCUAGCGUCGUACUUUUAAGGAAUUCAACGUGGCGCACAAAAAGCGUUUCGUAAUUGUACUGUGAAAAACCGUGAAUAAAAUAGAGAAUCCUGAUAUAUUUAUUACGCGUGUGUUUGUGUUCGUGUGCGUGUAUACAUAUACGCGUUAAUGUUUUUAGGGUCGUACCUAAUGCACAAAAUUAUACUUCCUUGCGUCGUUCUAAUUCGACGAGAGGAAUAGUAUGUGUAUUCAGAGGGUUGCGCGGCCCUUCGACGUUGCGGCGAAGGCGGGGACCGUCCGGCCUGCGUCCUGGGAUGGCAUGCACAGAACACAGCACAAAAUGCCACACAGUUACACAGACAAACAAAUCGACAGAGAAGAAAAGACGUAGCAACGCAGCGACCAAAAGCAUGGAUCUCCUCGGUCUAACCUUCCAGUCUCUGGAUUUCAGGGACAAUAAACCUCAAGAAAGCGAUUUCCUUGACUUGGAAAACCAAGAAUGCGAGGAGUCUUCCGAACAAUCUAACAAGAAACCAUGGAAAAAAUCUAAGGAAGACUUGUCGUCGUGUAUCGAGACCGAAAACCAACAUCCAAACCAACAUCCAAACCAACAACUGAGGAUGAUUAGCUUGGACGAAGUUGCGUGGCAUGACACUGCUAACAAUUGUUGGAUCGUGAUACACGAUUUUGUUUACGACUGCACAGAGUUGUUGAAGAACCAUCCUGGUGGAUCAGACGUGAUUCUUGAAUACGCUGGCAGAGACGCGACUUUGCCGUUCAUUGGCACUGGACACUCUUCUAUGGCGAGGCAGAGCUUAGAGAGAUACCUCAUUGGUGAACUUCCGCUCGAAGAAAGAAUCUUUCGUGUAUCCAACGGUGUCAAAGUCGCUGGACUUUAAUGUAUAAUUACGUUUGAUAUUCUAUUUGUUAGAUGAUUUUUGUUCAAAGACACGUUAUAAGUAUAUAUAGUGUUUUGUGUGUGUGUGUGUGUGUGUGUAUGUGUGUGAAGAUCUCGAAAUUGUGAAAUUUGACCUAACAUUAAUCUUAUACAGUAUGAAGGUUUUGGAAUUGCAAACCGCGAUAAUUACGCGAUUAGACAUAAAGAUCAAAGACCAAGGCUAAUUUCAGUUUUCCCGAUACUCUUAGUCUUACGACGAAUUUUUCCGUAUGCUGCCGUCCUUUUAUGCAUUACGCCAUUAAAUAUCUGUAUUAAGUGUAUCAAGUUCCUACGUUCUCUUUUUACAGUAAUAGAAUAAAGAAAUUUUAUGAAGCCGUUCCUUAAAUCGACGAAAGAAACGUAUCUUUAAUGUUAAUGUUUUAUCAUCUUUUGAUACUUAAACUGCGAAUAUAAGCACAAGCACAAGCACAUCGCUAUAUUUGUGAAAUAGAUUUAUUACGAAAUCAAUAUCGCGUCGCAUAAUUGUAGUGGAUGAUGAAAUGUUUAAAUGUUAUAAAUUCUACGAAUUUCUAUUCUUUCUGUUUAUAACGUAGGAUUUAAAAAUACAUUUAUUAUAGUUCAAAACACUCUAAAUGUAGAAUGACUUUCAACUUGUUAUUUCAGGCAUUGAACUGGA